CACCGGUUUCAAAGCAAGAUGCAAUAUCCGUGGACUCGCUGCUGCUAGGUGAUUGGCAAGUUGGCGCAGUAAAUCAAUCUUGGAACUGUGCGAUUCACUAAAGCAACCAAUUUCAAAACAAGAAUCCAUGACAGAUUUCCAGAUAAGCAUGAACAGCUUUGAGGAAGGAAAUUGAAGACAAAAUAUGACACAGAAGAAAGAAAGUCAUAAGGAUUUGAAACAACAUGAGGGCAAAAUUACACAAGUCCACUGGUCAGGUGGAGUGAUACAAGGUCCCAGGGCUGUAUUUUGGACCACUAAUGUGUUUUAUCAUAUGUUUAUCAAAUUAGAAGCGUGUUGACAGUGUUUCCUUGUAAACAUUUGUUUAUCCAGUGCUUGUUUCCCCUCCAGCCAGCCACUUGGGGUGUUGUUGAAGACAUGGCGUGAUAGGUUGAGAUGGAGGUGAGGAAACGAUUGACUGAAGGGUGAUUUCCUUGACAAGGGGUCCUCAGGGUGUGGUGCUCAUCACACUGAUCGAAAAGAGCGAUGCAGUUAAGAACAAGAGCAACUUGACACACACAUGUACAACACUGGGGAAUUCCUCAAUAAGAGCUGGUGAAGUUUACACUCCUCACUCACUGACAUGUACGGCAAAGCAGAGAGACCUCAGCCGGACACUGUUCAAGCAGGAAGUUCUUCACAGUCAUGGAGUUUUGACAGACUCUCUUGAGGAAAAGAAGUUUGGAUAAUGCAAAAUGCACUGGCAUUGUAUUUUACACAGUUUGAUCAUACAUAAAUAAAACAGGACAUCAGAGGACAGCAGCAUCUUCUGGAGUGAGUAAGAUGCCAGUUUAAUAAGGAGUGCUGUUGGACAUCAUCUCAUCCUCACAGUGAUUUGUUGUGUUUUGAACUCUGUGAGGCGUGUGGAUGUAAGGAUGGUCUCUGGGCUUUGAGAAUCAGUUUGUUUCAGUGGCUGUGUGUGAAUGGAGCUGAGAGAGUGGAGACCCUGAUGUCGGAGCUGCUGCUGCUGGCCUGUGUGCUCCUCUCCUGGAUCAUCACCUGCCAGUCUGGACCAUGGAGACCUUGCACAGAUCUGUUACCACUGGACCUCCUGUCCCGGGUGCUGCCUGUGUCCAGCAGGGCGCAGGAUGGGAUACGUAUGGUCCAGUCCAGAGGUGCUCGUGGAUUUCAGUUUUCUGGAUCUCCACAGCUGUUCAGCUUCCCUGCAUCUCAGCUCUUCAUUAACUGCAACUUCUUUCCUGCCGAAUUCUCCAUCGUGGUCACACUGAAAAUCCCACAGAUGGCCCCUGAGAAGAAUGAAUACAUCUUCACACUGUUGGAGGAAAAUUCAGAUGAGCCGCUCCUCGGCCUACGUCUGUCCCAAAACAAGUUCCACUUCCUGCAGAAGGGUCACGGUAGCAGGAAACGAAUCACUUUUAAGGCAGUAGGGCUGGACGACAACCGCUGGCACACUGUGGUCUUGGCAGUGACGGGACGCUACACUAUUCUCACUGUGGACUGUGGCAUACCUCUAGAGCUAGUGCUUGAAAAACCUUUCCCAGAUAAUCUUGAUACAGCUGGUUCCAGGUUCUUCAUUGCCAGCAAAAGAAGAUGGAACGGCCUAUUUUCUGGUUUGUUGCGGCAGCUAGUUUUGUUACCUGGUUCAGACGCUACCUCGCAAAUUUGUCCCUCAUCUGAGCCCCGGCUGUCUGCUCUCUCAGUUCCCCAGGCCCUCUUACACCUCCCGAUCAAACCAUCAUCCACUGACCUUCCCCUCCACCCAUAUGAGGCAGAGGUUCGGGUGACUGCGGGUGUGAGUCCUCCCUGUGGACACUCAGAAGAGGGACAGCUGUGGUUCAACACACUGAAGAGAGGACUGUUUCUCUGUGACGGUAUUAUGUGGCUCACUAUGCUGCAAGUGAAAGAGAAGCUGGACUACGUGGAGGAUCACCAGGAUUUAUUUACCAACUCAGAGACAUUUGACAUUGAGGUUUUCCACAUCCCUUCCGUAGGACUUUUUAUGGCCACCGCGAACCGUGAUUCCAUCAUUGGUUCAGGAAUUUACAGAUGGACAGAUGGGAGGUUCGAACGAUAUCAAAACAUCAGCACCUAUGAUGCACAAGCAUUGCAAUACUUCACAGUGGGGAAAAAGAAGUUCCUGAUUGUUGCCAACUGCAGAAGUAAGGAUGCAGGGGACCAGGAGCAGUCUGUGAUAUUUAAAUGGAGCUCAAGGAAGCUGAAAUUUAUUCGCUAUCAGACUCUGAACACGCACAGCGCUCGUGACUGGGAGGCUUUCAACAUUCAAGACGAAACCUUUCUCGCCGUGGCCAAUCACAGGCAAGGGGAGAGAAACCAUAAUAUUGACAGUGUGAUCUACAAGUGGAACCCGGUUACAGAGUUUUUUGAAGUCAAUCAGACAAUCCCCACCACUGGUGCUUACGACUGGGAGUUUUUCACCAUCGGCCCAUAUUAUUUCCUUGUAGUCGCCAACACUUUCAAUGGAAGAUCUACAGUCAUUGAUUCUACAAUCUAUAUCUGGCUGGAAGGGAUGUUUCAGCCUUAUCAGUCCAUUACAACUUUUGGGGCGAUAGACUGGGAGAUGUUCCAGAUUGAAAACAGGGUCUUCCUGGCUGUGGCAAACAGCCAGAUGCUCACGGAGGAAGGCAAGAUUCUGUACUCCAUCAACUCCACCAUCUAUGAGCUCAGCAUGACAUCUCAGACCUUCAUCAAGUUUCAGGAUAUUGAAACGAACAGUGCUUUGGACUGGGAGUAUUUUACUGUGGGAGAUGACAAGUUCCUUGUGGUCGCCAACUCCUAUGAUGGAAGCUCAUACUCUCUUAAUAGUGUUAUAUACAGGUGGCAGGGUUAUGAGGGUUUCAUUCCGGUGCACAGACUGAGCACCAAUGGCUGCAGAGAUUGGGAAUUUUUUAACACAACCGAUGGCUCCUACCUCAUCUACUCCAGUGCCAGAGCUGCUCUCUCUAAAGUCCUUAAAUUAAGGACCAUCUAGUGGCACUGGACAUAUGAACUGUGUCUGCAGGGAGACUCGCUGACUGAAACAGCAACUUAAAUCAUGAACAUAAUUUAAUCCCUGAACCAGAUGUUCCUCAAUGCAAAUAUUAUCCGAAACUCCUAAAAACAAUUUAUCACAUGAUGACACUUUAACACAUGCACUUAAUGACAUACCUUGAAAGCAGCUGAAGGAUGAAUCUCACCACUGACAAUCACAGCGAGAUGUUCCCAACGCACGUACAGUUACACAUUUCAAAAGACUUAUACCUGCACUUAUUUGCACACAGAUCAUCAAUAUGCUUUUUUGAUUAAAAUGUCAUCAUGUCCUAUGAUUAUACAUCAUUACUCUGCACAUGAAGACAGUUAACAAUUUAUGGAUGACUGGAAAAAUAGACACUGUAUUUACCUGUACUGUACUGUCUGUAAGCUAAUGAUUUACAUUUUUUGCUAGAAGGCCUUUAAAUUGAAGUGUUUAAGCAUAUGCAAUACAUAAAUAAUCAAACAAUAAUUUAUAAUAGUUACAAAUAAAAAAAAGACAAUGAGGAUUUCAAUAAUACACAGACUAUUUUCUUUUUAUAUUACUAUUAUAACUUAUUUUAGAGAUGGAUUGUGUUGUAAAACAAUGUUUUAUUUGUUUUGAUUCUUUGUGUCAUAAUUAUCAACAGGCUGUGCCAUAUUAUAUUGCUAUAUAAGUCAUUCACUGCU